ACCCCCGUGUGAAGCGUUAAAGGAACUGGCUCCAUUUUAGUCACGCUUCCGUGAGCGCGCAGCUCCGCACACAGCUGUUCGUCACAAACUUUCUGCACACACCUUUCCCUAACUUUGCAGCGUGAAAGAAGGACAGAGGGAAGGAGAGAAAAAGAGAGACGGAGAGAGAGAGAGAGAGAGAAAGACGGUUAGGGGAAAAAAUGGGAAGCACGGCGGCGGACGCGAAGGAGCGCGACUCCUCCAGGAAGAACACGAAGAAGAAGCGCGCGCUGCGGCUCCACAUGCCCGACCUGAGUUCCUACACGGGGGAUGGAGAAAAAGACAAAUCCAGUAAAGCUGCAACACCGAAGGGGGACGCGUCCAUCUCGUCGAACACAUCUAAAGGUUUUUCUCUGAGAUCUCCACUCCCUCAGCCCUCGAGCCCCGUAUCGGCGCCGGUCCGGAAUUCUGCUAAACCCAUCUUCCCCUCCCACCAGGACUCGCCUCCCAAAUCCCCCCAUCGCCUGAGCUUCAGCGGCGUCUUCCGCUCCUCGUCUAAUCCCUCCAGCAUCAAGAUCUUCUCCAGAUCCCGGAAAGCAUCUGGCCCCGUGUCUCCGCCCACCACGCCCACUCACAGCUCCAACUCUCCGCUCUUCUCACCGGAUGAGAGACGGCUGCGCUCGCUCUCGUCUCCACCUGAUACGGGCCUUCAGCGCUUCAGUCUGCCUUCAACAAGCUCCACCUCCUCCAGCCCCAGUCCUGUCAGAUAUAGCCCCUCCCCUUUACACAUCAGGUCCGCCUCCCAUCCAGCGUACAGUUCAACUGAAGGCAUGCUGGAGAAACUGGACCUCAGUGAUGGAGAGCCGGCCUGCGAUAUUUACACACGCUUCAUGAAGUGCCACAAGUGCUACGACCUCAUCCCGACCAGCUCCAAGCUAGUGGUCUUCGAUACGACACUACAGGUUAAGAAAGCGUUCUUUGCUUUGGUCGCUAACGGAGUGAGAGCUGCUCCGCUGUGGGACACCAAACAGCAAAGCUUCGUCGGAAUGCUGACCAUCACAGACUUCAUCAGAAUUCUGCACAGAUACUACAAGUCGCCUCUCGUGCAGAUAUACGAGCUGGAGGAGCACAGGAUAGAGAAAUGGCGAGAGCUCUACCUGCAGGAAACCUUCAAGCCCUUAGUGAACAUUUCACCUAGUUCAAGCAUCUUUGACGCGGUUUACUCCCUCAUCAAGAAUAAGAUCCACCGGUUGCCCGUGAUCGACCCGGUCUCAGGGAACGUCCUCUACAUCCUCACGCACAAGAGGAUCCUCAAGUUCCUGCAGCUGUUUGUGUGUGAGAUGCCCAAGCCGGCCUUCAUGAAGCAAACACUGAGCGAGCUCGGCAUCGGCACCUACCACAACAUCGCCUUCAUCCAGCCGGACACGCCCAUUAUCAAAGCGCUAAGUGUGUUCGUAGACAGGAGAGUGUCGGCGCUGCCCGUGGUCGACAACGCCGGAAAAGUGGUGGAUAUUUACUCCAAAUUUGAUGUGAUCAACCUGGCGGCCGAGAAAACCUACAACAACCUGGACAUGAGCGUGACGGAGGCGCUGAAACACCGCUCGCAGUACUUCGAGGGAGUGAUGAAGUGCAGGCGGCACGAGACCCUGGAGACCAUCGUGGACAGGAUCGUUAAGGCUGAGGUGCACAGGCUGGUGGUGGUGGACGAAGACUCCAACAUCGAGGGCAUCAUAUCUCUAUCAGACAUCCUCCAGGCUCUGGUUCUCUCUCCUGCAGGCUUAAGCAGGAAGGAGGAUAAAACGGAAACGCAAGCCUCAGCGAACACGUAGCGAGCGUCAGGCGAGAGACCCGCUGUGUGACGUUUCUGUCCUGCUGUACUGUACUCUGCUCUGUUUACGAGGUCAGCUGCUGCUCCCGAGUCGCACUACAGGGGCGUCACGCUCGCCUCAUGGUAACCGACGGCAACCGGCAGCCGUCUGAGAAAACCUCGACGUCUUCAGCCGCUUCCACUUGUGAUUUGUUUUUACAUCAAAACGGUUUCCGUGUAAAAGCUGGACGUCUUUUACGCCGUGCGCCAGCUGUAACCGUGACAACGGCGUGUUACCACUUCUGCCCUCUGAUUGGACGGGCUAGUUUGUGUGUAAAUCGCUUUCUGACUGUUUCAUGUUGAAAUGUUAUCCAGACAAAUAUAGACUUUUCCUCCAGGACUCUCUUGCCCUCCGUCUCUCUUUCCCCCAUGAGCCGCGAUCCGAUUGGUCGGGAAACAGAAAAGAGCGAUCAACAGGGGUCCAAGCACUGGAGAGAAAAGAAAAAGAACAAGUAAAAGGAAAUUUCUGAAUAUUUUUGCAAAAAUUCAGAGAUUAAAGGCGUGUUAAAAGUCGUACGAGGAAAGCUGGAGGUUUUUGUCUGGAGGCGGAGCUAACACGACUGCCUUUUUAAUAAACGCUUCUGCUUUUACGCACAAGAUCUGCUGUUCCUUUAGCAUAAAAACCAUAAAGACAACUGAAUGUAUGAAAUCCUUCAUCUCAUGACGUGCACCAUACUGUUAUAGUGGACACUCAUCAUCCUCCUCAGCGGGGGGAGGGGUUUAGAGACAGAUUAUUACGAAUUUAUAAGUCCAUUUAGGAAAAGCUCUAAUGGUUUCCAGUACAGGGUAGGAGUGGUUAAUGGUUUCAAGCAAAGUCCAUUGGAAAGUGGCAUGUCCUGUCAGAACCCGUUAAAAACAGCCGUACUGACCGUCAGAAACGCAUCAGGAAGCCACAAGGACUUUGUUUUUUUUUUUGUCCUGAGGUCUGUAACAGUGUUGUGACUCCUCCAUAAACCCUGAUCAGAAUUUCACUGAUUCUUUUUUUUCCCUAGAAAUAAAUAAAAGAGCUUUAUUUUUUAUAAUGUUCUGAUUGUAUGUUUAGGUUUUUAUUUUAUUGUAUUUUUUUUUUACAAUUUUUUUUCCUUGCGCAAAAUAUUUUUUAAGUAAAAAAAAAAAAAAAAAAAAAAAAAAAA